ACCUUCCACUGAAGCUAGAAAGGUAGUCGAUGGGCUGCAAAGCAGUCGCUCGCUGACUGCCUUCCAAGGGUCGAGAUGUCUCAGUGGCGCUCCUUUGCCCUGGACUCCUCGCGGUUGUUGGAGUUGCAGGCAUCGCUCCUGCAGAAGUACAUUGGUCAGCAUGAAGCCGAGGGGCCUGUGGCUGAAGCCACGAAGGACGUGGCCACAGCUGUGGAACAGGUCUGUGAGACCCUCCAGAGCCUGCAGCUGCAACUGGAGCGCGCUGAUCGUGAGAAUUUUCCUGCAGUGCCGGUGGAGCAGCACGAGCCACUGCCAAGAACGACGCCCAGCGAGGCUCGGCGCUACUCGCAGAACUCCGCGAACUCUGAGGAUGGCCUUGAUGCUAGCUGCGUCAGCCAGCUGUCAAUGGGUGCUCAGAGUCAGGCCGCGGUGUCUGCUGUUCACAGCGCCGGGCAGGAGAGCAUGGCCAGCAUUGCGGAGAGCGUGGUGGAGAGUCUUCCCAGCGACUGGGAAAGUAAGUCAGAGCUGUGUCCUUCCGGCGUGCUCAGUCCCCACUGGUGGGGCAAGCUGGUUUGGGACUUUUUGGUGAUGUUCUUGGUGCUGAUGGAUGCCACGGUCCUUCCCUUUCAGCUCACCUUCAAGACCAACGCGGAAGAAGAUGAUUUCGACGAAGCCUGGCUCUGGAUCACGACCCUGAUUUUUGCAUUCGAUGUGGUGCUCUCGUUCAACACGGGUGUAGAGGCGACGGAGAAAGAUGUGCACAUGGCACCAGGAACACUCAUCACGCAGCGCCGAGUGAUUGCCAAGAAGUACCUGCGCGGCUGGUUUGCCAUUGACUUCGGGAGUACCGUUCCCUGGUCGCAGAUCGCUGAGCUCCUGACGGCCGGAGAGGACUCGGGUUCCACCCAGCUGACCCGCCUGACCAAAGUGGUGAAGUUCGUGCGGCUGCUGCGGCUGAUGCGCAUGCUGCGCUUGGCCAAGCUGGGAGCGAUCUGGGAGCGCAUCGAGGUCCGCAUCGGCUCCAUCUUUUUCGUGCAGUGCGUGGCUCUCAUCCGUGUUCUUUUGGUGGUGAUCGGGAUUUGCCAUUGGAACGCCUGCAUUUUCUGGCUCAUCGGCUUGCCACGGAACUUGUUCACGGAGCUGAUGAGCGACAAUUCGCAAGCGGAGUACUUCAACUCGCCCCACUGGACGACCGUGUGGCGCGUCACUGAGGCCCAGGCAGAUGCUUGGCGAUGGAUUGAUCGCCCGAUGCCCGAGAAGUAUGUCUUUUGUUUCUACUGGACCCUGGGCGUGAUGCGCACGAUGCCCGCGGAAGUGACGCCGGUCAACUUGCCGGAGAGGCUCUUCGUCCUGAUCUUCAUGUUCUUCGCGCUCUCCGCUUUUGCGAUAUGCGUGUCCCUGAUCACGCAGGCGUUCUUUAAGAUUUCUGAUCGGCGACGAGCGUUCAACGAGGAGCUGGCAGCAGUGAGGAUGCACCUGCAGAAGACAUAUGUGGAGGAGCAGAUUCAGCUCAAGGUGAAGUCGUACCUCAGGUACAUUUUCGACCGUCGCCGAAUUCAAGCAAAGGAAGCGUCACUGAUGAACAUCCUGCCGGAACAGCUGAAGUUGGCCAUUCGCAGAUCUCAGAUCCGCACCCAUUUGGACAAGAUCCCAUUGAUGCGUGAACUGGAGCGUGACAGUCUUGAAAAGGUCAUCGACUCUAUCGAGACCUUCGACCUCAUGCAGGGAGAUGAAGUGAACUGUGCAGGCUCCGUGGCCGAAGCCGCUUGGGUGCUGGUCUCUGGGCGGCUUCGGGUCACCAAGCGCAUCGUGGCACCGCUUGUGGAUGACAGUGACCUCGACGUUGCGCCCUUGACUGUGGAUGAGCAUUGCUUGGAGGAGGAAGGCCCAGUGCUGUCCAGGUACACGGCCAUCGCGGCCGAGAGUUCAGAGCUGCUUAAAAUCACAAAGGAUACCUUCUUCCAGUCCAUCUCGGUGUCCCGAAGGAAGAGCAUCACUUUGCGGGGCACGGCCUUGUACUACGUGAAGAAGUCGACCUCCCAAACUUCCGUGCCUGACAGCAUCGGCCGACGAAGGUCUGUUACCGGCGUCACCGCGGCGGUGCAAGCCGCCGCUGUGAUUUCUUCGUCUUAGCGUCGACCUGCAUGCUUGGUCAGUUGAUGUGUGUAUAUUUCCCGCACAUGUCACUGGCCUCGGAUUGCCCGUGGGAAAGUGGAACUUCACUGCUAAAAUGUCCG